UUCUCAUCAGAUCCUUUACAAACAAUAGAAGUGUGUCCCACACGUUUGACUCCACAGAAGUCUACCACACUGCACUGAUAAACUGUGGGAUAGUCCCUGGUCUCCGGCUUCAGUGACGGGAAGGUUCGCAGCACCCUGAAGCUUUGUAUAAGCUAAAGCAGCUAACAGGAAGCUAACAGAAAGCUAAAGAAGCUAACAGGAAGCUAACGCCCACGGAGCUUUUCCCUCUAAAAGAUGAACUACUCCGACUAUGACUCUGACGGAUACUCCUCUAAUGAAGACGCAGACUAUGUCCCCUCAGAUGAUAACCUGAGUGAAGAUGACAUUAAUGAGUGUGAAAAGGAGGAUCCCCUGCAUGAAAACGAUGACGUGCCACAUCCUGACGGCGUCACCAAGAAGAAGAAGACGAAGACAGAUAUCAGUGUGAGAAAAAGAAAAAAAGGAGUUCUGAAAGUAGAGAAGGAGGAGGGCAAAGCUGAAGACGAAGAAGAGAGUAGACAGCAACAGGAGGAAGAAGAACCCAGUGAACGAGAUGAUGAAGAAAGACAGAAGAAAAAGGCCGAUGACCUUUGGGCCAGUUUCCUGUCGGACGUCGGCUCCAGACCCAAAGACACUGCACAAAAAACGGACUCAUCGGUAUCGAAGGCCAGCCCUUUGACGACACAAAUACAAAGAAAACCAGCAGAACCUGCCAAAGUCACCAUCACUAAAGUGUUUGACUUUGCCGGAGAAGAAGUCAGAAUGAACAAAGAAGUAUCAUCAGACUCCAGGGAAGCCAAAAGUUUCCUGAAGAGUCAGAUUCAUCAACAGAAGGAGGACGAAGAGCAUUCAACACACAGCCCACGUCCCCUACCUGGACCCAGGUAUGUGGAGCGGAAGAACUUCUUGGAGCGAGUCGACCAUCGACAGUUUGAGUUAGAGAAGUCAGUACGACUGAGCAACAUGAAACAGUGACACACAGCUGACUGGAACCACCACCUGGACCUGGGUCUGGAACCAACACCUGGACCUGGGUCUGGGUCUGGAACCACCACCUGGACCUGGGUCUGGGUCUGGAACCACCACCUGGGUCUGGGUCUGGAACUACCACCUGGACCUGGGUCUGGAACCAACACCUGGACCUGGGUCUGGGUCUGGACCUGGAACCAACACCUGGACCUGGGUCUGGGUCUGGAACCACCACCUGGAUCUGGAUCUGGAUCUGGAUCUGGGUCUGGAACCACAGCGCUGACGUCCUGGUUGACCCACAUCACCCUGGUCCAGUCUGGUUGUGGUUUUGGGGCUCACGGCGGUCCUUUUCUGCCCUGCUUUGAUACUGAGUGUUUGUUUAUUUUGUUUGUUUGUUUGUUUGUUCUGGACACUGACUGGACGUCCACUCUGUCGGUCCUCUGCUGUUCAGACUGGACUCCAGUCAGAUUAAACCAGUGUGUGUUCUGGUCCUGGUUCAACUGACUUUCCUCCAUUUAUUCCAACAUUAUUCUGCGUAUGGUGCAUUUUUUUUCAGUGUAAAUCCUGUUUUUUUAUAUUUAAUUCUGUGAUCGUGUAGAUGUUCAUGUUCAACAGAGAAAACUGAGCGAACAGUAAAGAUGAUUAGUUGUAUUUGACCUGAAUUAUUGAGGCUUAUUAAACAUUUCCCUUUGACAGUAUCAGACUCCACACUUUGGAUCAUUCUAAUUUAAACCAGUCAGAAAUAGUUCGGUUUAGUACCACGGCGUAUUCCGAUCACCUGUCACUACCAGAAGAAAGUCGCAAAAUUCAGAGAUAAAACCCCGAAUUUUAUGAGAAUGAAGUCAAAUACAGGAAGAGUCGGAAUUUUACAAGAAUGAAGUCACAAUAGUAUGAGAAUAACGUCAUAAUUUAAAAACAGGUGGAAACAUAUCCUGGUUUCCAGAAUCCAGUCGUACGCACUGAUCUGAUCAUGAAGAACUGGAACAUUCU